AUGGGUUCCUAUGGGGUUUCUAUGGGGUUUCUAUGGGGUCCCUAUGGGGUUUCUAUGGGGUUUCUAUGGGGUCCCUAUGGGGUCCCUAUGGGUUCCUAUGGGGUUCCUAUGGGGUUCCUAUGGGUUCCUAUGGGGUCCCUAUGGGGUUCCUAUGGGGUUCUAUGGGGUUUCUAUGGGGUUUCUAUGGGGUCCCUAUGGGGUUUCUAUGGGGUUCCUAUGGGGUUUCUAUGGGGUUCCUAUGGGGUCUCUAUGGGGUUCCUAUGGGGUUCUAUGGGGUUCCUAUGGGGUUUCUAUGGGGUCCCUAUGGGGUUCCUAUGGGGUUCUAUGGGGUUUCUGUGGGGUUUCUAUGGGGUUCUAUGGGGUCCCUAUGGGGUUCUAUGGGGUUCCUAUGGGUUCCUAUGGGUUUCUAUGGGGUCCCUAUGGGGUUUCUAUGGGGUCCCUAUGGGGUUUCUAUGGGGUUCCUAUGGGGUUUCUGUGGGGUUUCUAUCGGGUCCCUAUGGGGUCCCUAUGGGGUUCCUAUGGGGUUUCUAUGGGGUUCCUAUGGGGUUUCUAUGGGGUUCCUAUGGGUUCCUAUGGGGUUCCUAUGGGGUUUCUAUGGGGUUCCUAUGGGGUCCGUAUGGGGUUUCUAUGGGGUUCUAUGGGGUUUCUAUGGGGUUUCUAUGGGGUCCCUAUGGGGUUUCUAUGGGUUUCUAUGGGGUUUCUAUGGGGUCCCUAUGGGGUCCCUAUGGUUCCUAUGGGGUUUCUAUGGGUUCCUAUGGUUUCUAUGGGGUUUCUAUGGGGUCCCUAUGGGGUUUCUAUGGGGUUUCUAUGGGGUCCCUAUGGGGUUCCUAUGGGUCCCUAUGGGGUUUCUAUGGGGUCCCUAUGGGUCCCUAUGGGGUUUCUAUGGGGUCCCUAUGGGGUCCCUAUGGGUUCCUAUGGGGUUUCUAUGGGGUCCCUAUGGGUCCCUAUGGGGUUUCUAUGGGGUUCCUAUGGGGUCCCUAUGGGUUCCUAUGGGGUUUCUAUGGGGUUCCUAUGGGGUCCCUAUGGGGUCCCUAUGGGGUUUCUAUGGGGUUCCUAUGGGGUUUCUAUGGGGUCCCUAUGGGGUUUCUAUGGGGUUUCUAUGGGGUUCCUAUGGGGUCCCUAUGGGGUUUCUAUGGGGUUCCUAUGGGGUUCCUAUGGGGUUUCUAUGGGGUCCCUAUGGGGUUCCUAUGGGGUUCCUAUGGGGUUUCUAUGGGGUUCUAUGGGGUUUCUAUGGGGUUUCUAUGGGGUUUCUAUGGGGUCCCUAUGGUUCCUAUGGGGUUUCUAUGGGGUUCCUAUGGGGUUUCUAUGGGGUUCCUAUGGGGUCCCUAUGGGGUUUCUAUGGGGUCCCUAUGGGGUCCCUAUGGGGUCCCUAUGGGGUUUCUAUGGGGUUCUAUGGGGUUUCUAUGGGGUUCCUAUGGGGUUUCUAUGGGGUUCUAUGGGGUUUCUAUGGGGUUUCUAUGGGGUUCUAUGGGGUCCCUAUGGGGUCCCUAUGGGGUCCCUAUGGGGUUUCUAUGGGGCUCUAUGGGGUCUCUAUGGGUCCCUAUGGGGUUCCUAUGGGGUCCCUAUGGGGUUUCUAUGGGGUCCCUAUGGGUCCCUAUGGUUUCUAUGGGGUUUCUAUGGGUCUCUGCCCCAUAGGGUGAAGCUGUUUCGGGGUAAAUCUGUGCACGGCGACGUGGAGCUGCGUGUGGAGCAGGCGCAGUUCUCGGAGCUGUCGUGCCUGGCGUCGUCGCACGGGGCGCUCACGGUCACCAUCGAGCCGCAGCGCGGAGCCGUCAGGCGGCUCCGUCCCGACUUCGUGCUGCUCCGCGAGGCGCCGCUCGGCGGCCCUGGGGGGGCGGCGGGGCGCUUCAUCACCGGGCUGCUGCUCGGCGGCGUCCCCGCCUCCACCCCGCUGAGCGCCGCCAUCACCGCCGCCAACCCGGCCGCUGCGCUGGCGCAGGCCAUGCAGCUGCAGAAGGAGCUGGGAUCUGAGCGCUUCCCCAUGGCGCCCCUGCGCUUCUGCCACCGGCCGCGGGCACUGCUGACGGCCCCCCACCUUCCCCAUGCUGGUGACGCUAAGCCCCGCCCCCGGGGGCGUGGACACGGUGAGGCUCCGCCCCCUUUGUCCCCACUGACCGAGGGCGGGGUCAACAAGGAAAGGGGCGUGGCUUUGAGAAGGGGGCGGGGCUUAAGAAAAUGGGGAGGGGGUGUGGCCUAGGGGCGAGAUGGUGCAUAAGUGGGCGUGUCCUACGGGGAGGAGGCGUGGCCUAAGGGGCGUGUUUCCACGGGAGGGGCGUGGCCUUACUGAAUGGGGGCGUGGUCUCAGGAAAGGAGGCGUGGCCAAAGACCAGGGAGCAGUCAAUCAAAAAAAGGGGGCGUGACCGAAGGGAAGGGGGGGGUUGGGCCUGAAGAAGGGAAGGGGCGUGGCCUGAAGGGUGGGCGUGGCCUAAGAUGGAAGCGUCGCGUCAGGGGGCGGGGCUUAAGGUGGAGUAUGAUAGGAAAGGGGCGUGGCCUAGGAGAAGGGGGCGUGGUCUGAGAGCAAAGGGGCGUGGCCUAACCCCC